CUCUUUCACUUCUCGCUCUGGACUGGGCUGGCCGCAGGAGGGCCAAGCAGCAGCAGCGAAUAAGGGGGUUCCCGCGGCGGCAGCCGCUGCUCCGCAGGAUUAAAUUGGGCGCCCGGAGGCGGUGCCUUGGGCAGGCGCGGGCUGUACGGCCGUGGUGGGGCGCGAAGGCGCUGGAGCAAAGUACUGGUGGCUGCGCGGGAGACGGUGGCGGCGGCUGCCCGGCACCAACAUGACCAGGCUCUGAAAGUGUUCCAGCUGAAAUUUCAGAUCGGACACACUCGCCGAGGCGUCAGAGGCAGUGAUUCCCAGCUGCCAGCGUGUGCUGCCGCCGGGCUCAGGAUGGUGCGGGUCGCCAGGCCGCUGCUGCUGCUCCUCGCUUUCUUCCUCCGCGCGGAUGCUGAGACUCCUCCAAGGUUUACACGAACACCCGUUGACCAGACAGGGGUCUCUGGUGGAGUUGCCUCUUUCAUUUGCCAAGCUACAGGAGACCCAAGACCUAAAAUUGUCUGGAACAAAAAAGGAAAGAAAGUCAGCAAUCAGAGAUUUGAGGUAAUAGAGUUUGACGAUGGAUCUGGAUCAGUUCUCAGAAUACAGCCCUUACGAACCCCAAGGGAUGAGGCCAUUUAUGAAUGUGUGGCCUCAAAUAACGUCGGAGAAAUAAGUGUAUCUACCAGACUCACAGUUUUGCGUGAGGAUCAAAUUCCCAGGGGCUUCCCUACCAUUGACAUGGGCCCACAGUUGAAGGUGGUUGAGCGUACACGCACUGCCACCAUGCUUUGUGCAGCCAGUGGGAAUCCGGAUCCAGAAAUCACUUGGUUUAAAGAUUUCUUACCUGUGGACACAAGCAACAACAAUGGCCGUAUUAAGCAGUUACGAUCAGGUGGUACACCAAUAAGAGGCGCCCUUCAGAUCGAACAGAGUGAAGAAUCUGACCAAGGAAAAUAUGAGUGUGUUGCCACCAACAGCGCGGGCACUCGCUAUUCUGCCCCUGCCAAUUUAUAUGUCAGAGUUCGUCGUGUCCCACCAAGAUUCUCUAUCCCACCCACUAAUCAUGAAAUCAUGCCAGGUGGAAGUGUUAAUAUCACCUGUGUGGCUGUGGGGUCACCAAUGCCUUAUGUGAAGUGGAUGUUGGGGGCAGAAGACCUGACACCUGAAGAUGAUAUGCCAAUAGGAAGAAAUGUCCUAGAACUGAAUGAUGUAAGACAGUCAGCAAAUUACACCUGUGUUGCGAUGUCAACACUUGGUGUCAUUGAAGCAAUAGCACAGAUCACUGUCAAAGCCUUACCCAAACCUCCAGGGACCCCUGUGGUGACCGAGAGCACAGCCACAAGCAUCACACUGACGUGGGACUCUGGGAACCCUGAGCCUGUCUCUUACUAUAUCAUUCAGCAUAAACCUAAAAAUUCUGAGGAACCUUACAAAGAAAUCGAUGGGGUAGCGACCACACGCUACAGUGUCGCUGGACUAAGUCCCUACUCAGAUUAUGAAUUCAGGGUUGUUGCCGUCAAUAACAUUGGGCGUGGGCCUCCGAGUGAGCCCGUGCUAACACAGACCUCAGAGCAAGCGCCAUCCAGUGCCCCACGGGACGUCCAAGCGCGGAUGUUGAGUUCAACCACCAUUCUGGUGCAGUGGAAGGAACCUGAGGAGCCAAAUGGACAGAUCCAAGGUUACAGAGUUUAUUAUACAAUGGAUCCCACUCAGCAUGUCAACAAUUGGAUGAAACACAAUGUAGCUGACAGCCAAAUCACUACGAUUGGCAACUUAGUGCCCCAGAAAACGUAUUCUGUCAAAGUCCUGGCUUUUACAUCAAUUGGAGAUGGUCCUCUUUCAAGUGACAUACAAGUGAUCACUCAGACGGGGGUACCAGGGCAGCCACUAAACUUCAAAGCAGAACCUGAGUCUGAAACGAGUAUUUUGCUCUCUUGGACACCUCCACGUUCAGACACCAUCGCCAGCUACGAACUGGUCUACAAAGAUGGGGAGCACGGAGAGGAGCAACGAAUUACCAUUGAGCCAGGGACAUCUUACAGACUGCAAGGUCUGAAACCAAACAGCUUGUACUACUUUCGUCUGGCUGCACGUUCUCCUCAAGGCUUGGGUGCUUCUACAACUGAAAUAUCAGCUAGAACCAUGCAGUCAAAGCCGUCAGCUCCUCCUCAAGACAUUAGUUGUACCAGCCCAAGUUCCACUAGCAUUUUGGUAAGUUGGCAACCUCCACCAGUGGAAAAACAGAAUGGCAUUAUUACUGAAUACUCCAUCAAGUAUACUGCAGUGGAUGGAGAAGAUGAGAAACCUCACGAGAUUUUGGGAAUUCCUUCGGACACUACCAAAUACCUUUUGGAACAGCUGGAAAAAUGGACUGAGUACCGGAUCACUGUGACAGCCCACACAGAUGUCGGCCCUGGCCCCGAGAGCUUGUCCGUGUUGAUUCGAACCGAUGAAGAUGUUCCUAGUGGUCCUCCUCGCAAAGUCGAGGUAGAGGCUGUCAACUCAACAUCUGUUAAAGUCUCAUGGCGCUCACCUGUGCCCAAUAAACAGCAUGGCCAGAUAAGAGGAUACCAGGUGCAUUACGUGAGGAUGGAAAAUGGUGAGCCCAAGGGCCAACCCAUGCUGAAGGAUGUCAUGCUGGCGGAUGCACAGUGGGAAUUUGAUGACACUACUGAACAUGACAUGAUUAUUUCUGGGCUACAGCCUGAAACUUCCUACUCCCUCACCGUCACCGCCUACACCACCAAAGGAGAUGGUGCUCGCAGCAAGCCAAAACUGGUGUCCACCACGGGAGCAGUUCCAGGGAAACCCCGGCUUCUGAUUAGCCACACUCAGAUGAAUACUGCUCUCAUUCAGUGGCAUCCCCCUGUGGACACAUUUGGACCUCUUCAGGGCUACCGUCUAAAAUUUGGCCGGAAGGAUAUGGAGCCGCUCACUACUCUUGAGUUCUCUGAAAAAGAAGAUCACUUCACAGCUACAGACAUCCACAAAGGAGCAUCCUAUAUCUUCAGGCUCUCAGCCAGAAACAAAGUGGGCUUCGGAGAGGAGAUGGUGAAGGAGAUUUCUGUUCCAGAAGAAGUCCCAACUGGAUUCCCUCAAAGCCUCCACUCAGAAGGCACCACGUCCACCUCCGUCCAGUUGUCUUGGCAACCACCUGUCCUGGCAGAGAGAAACGGCAUUAUCACCAAGUAUACCCUUCUGUAUAGGGAUAUCAACAUCCCUCUUCUUCCAAUGGAGCAGCUUAUUAUUCCAGCUGACACCACUAUGACACUCAGUGGCUUAAAACCAGAUACCACAUAUGAUGUAAAAGUACGUGCUCACACGAGCAAAGGGCCCGGGCCAUAUAGUCCCAGUGUCCAGUUCAGGACACUGCCUGUGGAUCAAGCAGUGUUUGCAAAAAAUUUUCAUGUCAAAGCAGUAAUGAAGACUUCAGUGCUACUGUCUUGGGAGAUUCCAGAGAAUUAUAAUUCUGCCAUGCCUUUCAAAAUUCUCUAUGAUGAUGGGAAAAUGGUAGAAGAAGUGGACGGCCGAGCUACACAAAAGUUAAUUGUCAACCUAAAGCCUGAAAAGUCAUACUCAUUUGUGCUGACAAAUCGUGGAAACAGUGCUGGCGGGUUGCAACACAGGGUAACAGCAAAGACUGCGCCGGACGUACUACGUACCAAGCCUGCCUUCAUUGGGAAGACCAACCUGGAUGGCAUGAUUACUGUGCAACUGCCUGAAGUACCUGCAAAUGAGAAUAUAAAAGGUUACUACAUAAUAAUUGUGCCUUUGAAGAAAUCUCGUGGGAAAUUUAUCAAGCCAUGGGAGAGUCCAGAUGAAAUGGAAUUAGAUGAGCUGCUCAAAGAGAUAUCUAGGAAACGCAGAAGCAUCCGUUAUGGGAGAGAAGUUGAAUUAAAGCCAUAUAUAGCCGCUCACUUUGAUGUCCUUCCCACUGAGUUCACUCUGGGAGAUGACAAACAUUAUGGUGGAUUUACGAACAAGCAACUCCAAAGUGGUCAAGAAUAUGUCUUCUUUGUGUUAGCAGUGAUGGAACACGCAGAGUCUAAGAUGUAUGCAACCAGUCCCUACUCCGACCCUGUUGUGUCAAUGGAUCUGGAUCCACAGCCAAUCACAGAUGAAGAAGAAGGCUUAAUCUGGGUUGUAGGUCCUGUCCUUGCAGUGGUCUUUAUCAUCUGCAUUGUCAUAGCUAUUCUUCUUUAUAAAAGGAAAAGGGCAGAGUCCGACUCUAGGAAGAGCAGCAUCCCGAACAGUAAGGAGGUCCCCUCACACCAUCCAACAGACCCAGUGGAACUAAGGCGCCUUAAUUUUCAAACACCAGGUUCAGAUGAUUCCGGUUACCCUGGUAACCUUCAUUCUUCAAGUAUGGCUAGUCAUCCUCCAAUACCUAUCUUGGAACUUGCAGAUCAUAUUGAAAGGUUGAAAGCCAACGACAACUUGAAGUUUUCCCAGGAAUAUGAGUCUAUUGACCCUGGCCAGCAGUUCACAUGGGAACAUUCAAACUUGGAAGUAAACAAACCAAAGAAUAGAUAUGCAAAUGUAAUCGCAUAUGAUCAUUCCAGAGUUCUCCUGUCAGCAAUAGAAGGCAUCCCAGGAAGUGACUAUGUGAAUGCCAACUACAUAGAUGGUUAUAGGAAACAAAAUGCCUAUAUUGCAACACAGGGAUCUCUCCCAGAAACAUUUGGAGACUUUUGGAGAAUGAUUUGGGAACAACGGAGUGCCACGGUUGUCAUGAUGACAAAACUAGAAGAACGAUCCAGGGUGAAGUGUGACCAGUAUUGGCCCAGUAGAGGCACAGAAACCCAUGGUCUGGUCCAAGUGACCCUGCUCGAUACUGUGGAGCUGGCCACGUAUUGUGUUAGAACCUUUGCACUUUACAAGAACGGUUCAAGCGAGAAGAGAGAAGUGAGACAAUUCCAGUUCACCGCCUGGCCUGAUCAUGGUGUUCCAGAACACCCAACCCCCUUUCUAGCUUUCCUACGGAGAGUCAAAACCUGUAACCCUCCUGACGCAGGCCCGAUGGUUGUGCACUGCAGUGCGGGAGUUGGCCGGACGGGUUGUUUCAUUGUAAUAGAUGCCAUGUUAGAGAGAAUAAAGCAUGAAAAAACUGUAGAUAUUUAUGGCCAUGUAACUUUAAUGAGAGCCCAGAGGAAUUAUAUGGUUCAAACAGAAGACCAAUACAUCUUUAUCCACGAUGCACUGUUAGAAGCAGUGACUUGUGGAAAUACCGAAGUGCCAGCUAGAAACUUGUAUGCCUACAUUCAGAAGCUGACACAAAUAGAAACAGGAGAGAAUGUCACAGGAAUGGAGCUCGAAUUUAAGCGUCUAGCCAGCUCUAAAGCUCACACCUCAAGAUUCAUCAGUGCCAAUCUUCCGUGUAAUAAAUUCAAAAAUCGCCUUGUUAAUAUUAUGCCAUAUGAAUCCACAAGGGUAUGCCUGCAGCCUAUCCGAGGAGUAGAAGGAUCUGAUUACAUCAAUGCCAGUUUUAUUGAUGGAUACAGACAACAGAAAGCCUAUAUCGCUACUCAGGGGCCCUUGGCAGAGACCACUGAAGACUUCUGGCGGAUGCUCUGGGAACACAAUUCCACCAUCGUUGUGAUGCUCACCAAGCUGCGUGAGAUGGGCAGAGAGAAAUGCCACCAAUACUGGCCAGCAGAACGAUCUGCAAGAUACCAGUACUUUGUAGUCGAUCCCAUGGCUGAGUACAACAUGCCGCAGUAUAUCCUAAGAGAAUUCAAGGUCACAGAUGCCAGGGACGGUCAGUCCCGAACAGUGAGACAGUUCCAGUUCACUGACUGGCCAGAGCAAGGCGUGCCAAAGUCUGGAGAAGGAUUUAUUGACUUCAUCGGCCAAGUCCAUAAAACAAAAGAGCAGUUUGGCCAAGAUGGACCCAUUUCAGUCCAUUGCAGUGCGGGCGUUGGAAGAACUGGAGUCUUCAUAACACUAAGCAUUGUUUUGGAAAGAAUGAGAUAUGAAGGAGUUGUAGAUAUCUUCCAGACUGUCAAAAUGUUAAGAACACAACGGCCAGCCAUGGUACAGACAGAGGAUCAGUAUCAGUUCUGCUAUCGAGCCUCACUUGAGUACCUGGGCAGCUUUGAUCACUAUGCAACGUAGAAACCCCUGACCCAUUUUGGAUUUUUACAACAGGCCCUUCAAUACCCAUGGAGUCUCUUCUGAGCCAUACAGGGCACUUGAGAAGUCCUUCUUAACUUCUAGGUAACAACCACUUAGUGGGACUAUUACACACAAAACAAACUAAAAACAAACCCUUCCAGGCGGACCAAGAAAUCAGUUUAAUAAUCUAAUCUGAAAAUAAUAAAGAGAAUCCUGACUAAUGAGGUAUCUGGAGGACUUUAUUUACAGAUACCUCAAAGAUUCAAAAUAAAGGGAAGAAGAAAUCACAACAGAGAAUCAGCAUCUUGUUCAGGAUGGCUCGCUAGGUACGAGGAGAAAUUGCCGAGUGCUAUAGUUCAGUGCAAGGUGUUUUCUGGUGUGGCUUCUCAUGGUAAAACAAACUGCUUCGACAUGACCUCUUCCCACCAUAUUGCUCAUUAUAACAUUUUAGGGGGAUAAAGGGGGGAAUGUUUAAAAAGAAAGUCUUUGAUUUAGUUUUUUAGUAUUGUAAGAUACUGCUUACCCGUGCUUCAUUUUUAACUGUGUAAACUUUUUUUUUAACAAAAUGUAUCUAUCAUUCGAUAAAGUGAAUUUUAAAAAGGUUACAUAACUCUUCGAUUUUUAUUUCCAAAUUGUAGGUUUUUUUAAGCUGUACAACUGUUAUCUGUAAUAUCUUGCUGUAGAAAUAUCAAGUAAUUUGAAAAUUUGCACAUUUUUGUGCAAUACUCUUAAUCUACAGUAUUGGUCUUAUCAGAUAUUACUUUUACACUUCUGUUUGGUUUUGGUUGGUAAGAAAGUACCCAUUUUUUUUUUUUCAAAUAAUCAAAGAGAACUUCAUUUUGUUUUUGGAAUCAACAGGGAGGCGCAAAGUAUAAAGUUGCUGCUAACAUAUA